UUGGGAGCAGAAGAAGAAGAAGAGCGAACACAUUGGAGCCGAAGAGGAAGAUUUACCGCUCUGGGAAAGAUGACAACAAAUGUGAUGAUGGAUCUGGCGAUAGAUCGCGUUGACUGGAAUGCCCUCGCUGAGAAUCAGGAGCAGCUGCCGCGCAUUUAUACACCAGGCGAGGUGCUAAUGCCGGAAGCGGGCUUCAUGCGGGGUCACGGCACCUUUGUGGAGGAUGAGGACAUAAAAGCGUCGGUGGCCGGCGUGAUACAGAAGGUGAAUAAACUGAUAUCGGUGCGACCACUCAAGAGUCGAUAUGUUGGCGAGAUCGGCGAUGUGGUCGUGGCACGUGUCCUGGAAGUGGGACAGAAACGCUGGCGAGUUGACACAAAUUCGCGUCUGGAUUCAGUGCUGCUCCUCUCAUCCGUUAAUCUGCCAGGCGGUGAGCUGAGACGACGCUCCGCGGAGGAUGAACAAAUGAUGAGACGCUAUCUGGACGAAGGAGAUCUGAUCUCCGCCGAAGUACAGAACGUCUUUGAAGAGAGCACAUUGUCGCUGUACACCCGCAGUUUAAAGUAUGGCAAACUGUCGCAGGGCAUACUGGUUAAGGUCUUUCCGGCGCUAGUCAAACGCCGCAAGAUGCAUUUUCACAAUCUGGCGUGCGGUGCGUCCGUUAUCCUGGGCAACAAUGGCUAUAUCUGGAUCUCGCCCACAAAGAGCGAUGAGCAGGAGGGCGGCGAAGGUGGCUUCGCACAGAAUCUGAGCGAGGUUGUGCCACGCAACGAACGUGAGAUUAUUGCACGCCUGCGCAACUGCAUCCUCGCACUGGCCAAGUGCAAACUGAUGCUCUUCGAUACGAGUAUACAAUAUGCCUACGAGGAGUCGCUUAAAUAUGAGCCACGUGAACUGCUGCAACAGCAUGUGAUCUUUGACAUUGGCGAGCAGACGCAAGCCCGGCUCAGAGAUGUCGAUCUACUGGACUGAUGCAAAUGCAUACAUAAUAAAAUAAAAUAUAUUCCCAAA